GCUCAAAAAAUUGUACGCACAGUGCAUCCGUGCGUAUGCCUGGUUACGCCCCUGCUUACAUUGCUGACUCCAUGGAAUUGACGUCACCAACUGGUCAUCUGUGAUCACAGAGAAACUGGGCUGGCCUAAUUCCUUGACCAUAGACUAUGUCACCAGGAAGAUGUGGUGGGUUGAUGCACAUCUGGAUUACAUUGAGUAUGCCAACCUUGAUGGCAGCAACAGACAGUUGGUCAUAUCAGGAGUCAGAACAUCUGAAAAAUACAACUCUUACAAAGGCCACUGAGCGUAACGUGUCUCCAACUGCUGAUUGGAGGCCAUACACUGUCAAAGUCCGGAGAAAACUAGAAUUAUGCGAGAAACAUGCAGUGAUAAGGAACACACACACUUCCACCUUGGACAACAUGGAGGAAGUGUGGAAGGCCAUAGCAAAUGAAAUAUCAUCAGUUGCCAUAUCAACGAGAAGUUCAGCAGAGUGCCCUGAUAACUGA